GGUCUAUUUUGCGCUCUCCAUCGCCGUCAACAACUGCCUAGGUUUAGAGCCAGAGAGGGGAGCAGGAGAGAAAGAAGAAGAAAUGGUUAAAUUUUUGAAACCAAAUAAGGCAGUGAUUAUCCUUCAGGGCCGCUAUGCGGGCCGCAAGGCUGUCAUUGUCAAGAAUUUUGACGACGGCACUCGCGACCGUGCAUAUGGCCACUGUUUGGUUGCAGGGAUAAAGAAGUACCCGGCGAAGGUCAUCAGGAAGGAUUCGGCCAAGAAGACGGCAAAGAAGUCACGAGUCAAGUGCUUCGUCAAGCUUGUCAACUACCAACACUUGAUGCCUACGCGUUACACCCUCGAUGUGGAUUUGAAGGACACUGUGGCCCUCGAUUCUUUGCAGAGCAAGGACAAGAAGGUCGCAGCUUGCAAGGAGACCAAGGCCAAGUUCGAGGAGCGAUUCAAGACGGGCAAGAACAGGUGGUUUUUUACCAAGCUUAGGUUUUGAAUUGUUUUGUUUGCUGCUAGUUUUUGUUGGAUCAGAUGGUCUUUUGAAACGAGUUCUAGCAAUGUUUUGGUGAGACAUUUAUUUCUUGCAUUAUAUGUAUCAGUUUGCUAAGAUUGAAGGUCUUGGUUGUUAAAACUAUUUUGGAUCUAUUUAUGGGCAUAUUUCUUUUCUUAAGAAUUGUAAUGUUUUAUCAU